CCAUCAUCGAAAAUACAACACGUAUAAAAUCCAAAAGCAUAUAGUCCAGUCUGGGAUCCAAUAUAUUGUCUGCAUUGUUAGGUCGAGCUAUUCGUUCGGAGCAUCCCUAUCCUGCAGUCUGUCGUGUAUCUCAAAUGAGUGUCUGGUACUACUCAUGGAUGCGUUGUACCCCCUUCAGAUAUGAAAGAGCAUAUUUUGUGCGACGAUACCUUCGAUGAUGCAAAGACGCGGAUGCAAGACUCAAAAUUAUGGUCUUCCUGUACUAAAAGAGAAUUCCACCGUCGUAUGCCCACGGAUGGGGAAGAGAGAGGACUCCAAGUUCCCCCUACACUAAUCUCGGCUGGCUGUACACAUAGACUGUUCGUCCAAGUCUCUUCAGGUCGCGAUGAACCACAUCAUCACCGUAAUUGGCUCGAUUAAGGCGUUACUAAGUCGCUCUGGCCCAGUGAAACGCAUAUAUGGCGCCGUUCGACACCAUCUUCCAGAGCCGAAUUUCUUAACAUGGCACUAUACAUACUUCAUCACUGUCUCCAUGAUUACGGCCAUUAUCUUAUGGGGCUCCUCAACUCCGGAACAUACUCUCUCAUUUACCGAUGCUCUCUUUCUUUGCGUCUCGGCCGUGACAGAAGCCGGACUUGUCACAGUCGACCUUUCAACUCUCAAUACAUUCCAGCAGAUUGUCUUAUUCGGCUUGAUCAUGGUUGGCUCCGUGAUAUUCGUGUCCAUUUUUGUCGUCCAUAUCCGUUUAGGGGCCUUCAAGCAUCGAUUCAAAGAAGAGGUGGAGAUCGCCGAGGCGCGAAUGCAGACGAGGCGGCAGCAGAUCUGGUCGGAUUCAAUGCGUCUUCCGUCAUGGACACGGUCAAAGUCAACCAGCGAAGUUGUUGACCCUGGUGAUGGAAUGGAUAUAGAAGGGCAUCCGCUCCCGCAGCAUCAGAUAGAACGGACCCACCACGUACCUGUCAGCCCUUCACCAGAGCUCUCCAAUGAGCCACAAGGGCGACUAUCCGUCGAAUCUGAACCUGUUGAAGAUCUACCGAGAAGAGAUGUGGAUGAGCCACAGGCAACGAACAGUGACAGGAUUUUGCGUUCAACACAGAAUCUCGCGGCGACGUUACAGCCUUCGGAACCCGCGCCAGUUGGUGUCGAAGGGGCCCUUCAGCGAACGCAAUCAAGAACCUUCGAUUCAGCACGACGGGGAAGGAAUCACUCCUUUUUCGGCCUUUCCGACCUCGAUAAAAAGAAGUUGGGAGGAUGCGAGUAUCGAGCCCUAAAAUUCCUGGGGUUUGUUGUGCCACUCUAUUCCCUUCUCUGGCAGCUAUUGUCUGCAUUGGCGCUUGGUGCGUGGAUGGCACAACACAAACCAGAUGUAGCGCGUCGGAACGGUAUCAAUCCAUGGUGGUUAGGCGCCUUCAACGCCGUUUCUGCCUUCAACAACAGCGGGAUGUCUCUGCUAGACUUGAACAUGGUACCGUUUCAGUACUCCAUCUAUGUCGUAAUCACGAUGGGCCUUCUCAUCCUGGUUGGCAACACCGCGUAUCCCAUCGUGCUUCGGCUUUUCAUCUGGAUGAUUUCCAAGAUCGCGCCGGAUCGGCCAGAGUGGGACACGGACUACGGGACGCUGCGGUUUCUCCUCGACCACCCUCGACGCUGCUACACGUACUUAUUCCCAAGCACACAUACGUGGUGGCUCCUGUUGUCACUGGUGGUUCUGAACACGAUCGAUUGUGUUGGCUUUAUUGUCUUGAACAUCGGAAACAAAGAGAUCACAUCUGUACCGCCGGGAAUCGAGUUUCUCUCCGCAUUGUUCCAAGCCAUCGCUGUCCGGCAGGGCGGCUUCUCCAUCGUCUCAAUCUCUGCCAGUCGGGCUUCCCUGCAGGUGUUAUACCUCUUCAUGAUGUACAUCAAUGCAUACCCCGUCGUCAUCGUCCUUCGAAACUCGAACAUCUACGAAGAACGCUCGCUCGGCAUCUACGCUGAUGACACUGGCGUUUCUUCCGAGCCUGCCACACCCAGCCCCACCGAGAUCGCACAAUGGUUCACAAAACGCUUCCUGCGCGGCCACCACCAUCCUUCGCAUGAACGGAUCGAGUACUUUGUCCGCCAUCAGUUCCGAGCCCAGCUUGCGCACGAUGUGUGGUUGCUAAUUCUAGCGGUGUUCCUCGUUGCCAUCAUUGAAUCACCGCAUAUCGACCGCGAUCCGUCGACGUACUCCAUGUGGGCGAUUAUUUUCGAGGUCGUGAGCGCCUACGCGACCGUAGGUGUUUCGCUCGGGUUUCCCAACCAGACGUAUAGUUUCUGCGGUGGGUGGAGAAAGCUGAGCAAGCUCGUGUUGUGUGGGGUGAUGAUGCGAGGCAGACAUCGAGGGUUGCCUGUGGCCAUCGACAAAGCGGUUAUGCUUCCGAGAGAGGGGUUGAUGGAAAUGGAAGAGGAGGAUCGGUGGCGGAGG